CGGGCACCCGCGGGGUGGGCAGCGCAGGGACCGCCGCCGCCGGCCGCCCCCAAGAUGCUGUUUUGGCACACGCAGCCGGAGCAUUACAACCAGCACUCGAGCGGCAGCUACCUGCGAGAUGUCCUUGCGCUGCCGAUCUUCAAGCAGGAAGAGCCGCAGCUGUCUCCUGAGAACGAUGCCAAGCUGCCACCCUUUCAGUACGUCCUCUGCACAGCCACCUCACCCGCCGUGAAGCUGCACGAAGAAACUCUGACCUACCUCAACCAAGGUCAGUCUUAUGAAAUCCGUCUACUUGAGAAUAGGAAAUUGGGAGAGUUUCAAGAUUUAAACACAAAAUAUGUAAAGAGUAUAAUUCGUGUAGUUUUCCACGACCGCCGCCUGCAGUACACAGAGCAUCAGCAGCUCGAGGGCUGGAGGUGGAGUCGGCCUGGGGACCGCAUCCUUGAUAUAGAUAUCCCGCUGUCAGUUGGUAUUUUGGAUCCCAGGGCUAGUCCGACCCAGUUGAACACUGUUGAAUUUCUCUGGGAUCCGUCAAAGAGAGCUUCAGCGUUCAUUCAGGUACAUUGCAUCAGCACAGAAUUCACUCCACGGAAGCAUGGAGGAGAGAAAGGUGUGCCCUUCCGGGUGCAAAUCGACACCUUUAAGCAAAAUGAAAAUGGUGAAUACACAGAACACUUGCAUUCUGCGAGCUGCCAGAUCAAAGUGUUCAAGCCUAAAGGAGCAGACAGAAAACAGAAGACUGACAGGGAAAAAAUGGAAAAGAAGACCAUCCAAGAGAAGGAGAAGUAUCAGCCUUCCUAUGAGACAACUAUUCUCACAGAGUGCUCUCCCUGGCCAGAUGUGCCUUAUCAAAUGAACAAUGCUCCCUCUCCAAGCUACAACAGUUCUCCCAACAGCUUCAACCUCGGAGAUGGCAACAGUUCUCCAACCCACCAAAUGGAGCUCCUGCCUCCCAGCAAUGAUCAUCUCCUUCCUUCUGCUUCUAUUCAAGAUGCCCAGCAGUGGCUUCAUCGUAAUAGGUUCUCUCCAUUCUGUAGACUCUUCUCAAGUUUUUCGGGUGCCGACUUACUGAAGAUGUCCAAAGAAGAUUUUGUUCAAAUCUGUGGGCCUGCUGAUGGAAUUCGGCUCUUUAAUGCAAUUAAAGGAAGAAAUGUAAGGCCCAAGAUGACAAUUUAUGUCUGUCAAGAGCCAGAGCAAAACAGGUCCCACCUCCACCAAAAACAAGAAAACGGAGAUGGCAGCCUUUGUGUGUAUCAUGCAAUCUUCUUAGAAGAAUUGACCAUUCUGGAAUUAAUGGAGAAGAUUGCAAACUUGUACAGCAUUUCUCCACAGCAGAUAAAUCGGAUCUACCGGCAGGGCCCCACAGGGAUCCAUGUACUAGUGAGCAAUGAGAUGGUGCAAAACUUCCAAGACGAAUCUUGUUUUGUUAUCAGCACAUUAAAAGCUGAAAGCAAUGAUGGCUACCACAUCAUUUUAAAAUGACCAUGCUGCACAGAGAGACUUUAAUGGCCUAAAAUUUAGUGCCUCACUGAGAUUGCUAACAACCUAGACUGGAAACAUGAAGAACCUUCUGGAUAAAUGCUCCUGUGAACUAAGAAUUACCAAACAGCUUAAGAAAAAACUUGCUUUUACAGAUAGAAAUUUUUGGUGGUGUGUGAUUUUGGUGGGUUUGGUGUUUUUUGUUUUUGUUUGUUUUUGUUUGUUUUUUGUUUUGGUUCUUUUGGUUUUUUAAGCUGGAGCUGAGAACAUCCUCAAAGCUUGUACAUGUUUUUUCCUUCCUCCCCUCCUCUUCAGUCUUAAAAAUUGUAGAAGUUUCUGCUUUUUAUUUAGAAACAUCUGCCUUGUACUAAAAGGAAAUGGAAGAUAAACAAAUCCCAAUUCUCUUGACCCCUCAUAUUCAGGUGAAUUGAUUUACUUAUGGUUCUGAGUGCUCUCCUGCUUUCAACACACACCCUGAUGCUGAUGGAUGUAGACUCCCCAGGGCUCCUCUUGUACUCUUUGAGGUGGAAGGCUUGAGGCUACCUCCCAAAACAGACUGGGCAGUGCAGAGGAUGGGUUUGGUGCCCAGCCUUCACCCAAAGUGUCGACUCUGGAAGCCCACACUUAGCUGUUCUCCACCUGCAGAUGUGCUCAAAGUCCAGAGACCUUGGUCUCUCCUGACAGACCUUCUGUAGGACCAAUCCAGCAGCACAGUUCUGGGGAGGUUCAAGGAAGGACAGACAACUUGAGGCGAGCAGUUCAGUACCAUAUUGUUAUCUUUAGCUUUAGAGUAGCCUCCUUGAAUGGAGCAUAUGGAGGUUUACCGAGGAACUGUUUUGAACACUGAAAGUUAUAGUGCUCAUGACAAAUUCAUACCAUGGAUUUAUUCUACUCUAUAAAUUAGUGAUUAACUGCUAUCUUUACUGUAACUGGGAAUUGAUGUUAUAAUCUUAAUGGAUUUUCAUCCUGUUACUGAAGUAAAACUGUUUUGAUAAAGACCAGGUAACAGAUCAUCUUAGUUGCUGCUUCUUACAUUCUUGCUCUUUCACUUUUGACUCCUAUUUCCCAUAUCUGUAACUAUGAUCAGCUCCACCCUGCCUUGGUCUUUUGGGACUCCGUCCAGGCUCCAUUAAUCUAAAACAGUGGCUUCCACUGAAGUCAAAGCAAACUGGAUCACACCUAUCUUGCAUGGAUGAAACCAUUUCACUUUUUACAGCUCAAUAAUAUGGCUUUUUUCCCAAACUGAGUGUCUGUAUACCAUCAAAAUUUGAUUUUUGAACAUUUCAUCCUGAACUUACAUGGAAAGCUGAAAUACCAAACAUUUUCCUGGAAUGGAAAUUUUUCAAAAAAAUGAGAAAUUGUCAACUGGAAAACACUGAAUAAAAUGUUCCAGCCUUUUGAAAUGGAAACAUUUAAUUAAAUCCAUUUGGCCCUUAAAGCAGCAUCAGUUUGAGCUACCGUUGCAGCCCUCAGAAAUUGUCAUUCAAGUGCCUUGUGCGCUGUGUCUCCCUCAGGGCUGAGCUCUUUGGCUGAAUUACAGAUCCCAUGAUGCUCCUACCCUGGGUUAGUCAAACAGGGAAUGCGUCAUGAGGGCUGGAGAGGUGCCCAGGGAAAGAGGGGGCCAUGGAGCCCUUGAAUUACAGCUCCCAGCUGACACUAGAGGAAUUCGGACAGGCACGGACUGAUAUUUCUCUGACAAAAGUUAUGUGUUUCAAGUUUUCCCAACAGAAAUAAACAGCAAAAUGUUGAGAAAAGCAUCCUUUUUUUGAUUAAAGCAUCAAGUUUUGCGCAAAAAACCCCACCCAUCCCCACUGAUUUUUUUUUUUUUUUUAAGACCAAAAAUAAUACUAGAAUAGAAAACUUGUGUUACAAUGGGAAAACCUUCAGCCAACUCAGUUAAUUGAGCAGCAAUGCCUGCUUAGGCACGAUCUUGCUCAACUGACUGUCCUGGAUGCUCCACAAAUUGUAGGCAUGCAAAAAGGAUGCCUAGGCUUUGGGACAUGGUGGUUCCCCCUUCUGAAAUGAAGGAAUUGAGGCUUCUUGGUUGAGAACCAAAGUGUGUAGGUAAGGAGGAGCUCCUGGCCAUGGAAUCCAGGCUGUGGCCACACAUAGCUGCCUUCCAAAACAGUGAAUUAAUUCCAGAUGCCUUUGUGAGCAGGUGGGAUCAGUGUGCCCCUGUGUACCAGGAGCUGUUUGAUUUAUUUUCUAGAGGGUGCUUUGGAAGGUGGAUGUUGGCUGUGGUUUUUCAUCCUGCAUGGUAUGGCUGUCACUGGUGUGCAGCUCAGAUGAAUCUGACCUCGUGGGAAGGGUUCUAAAUAGAUCUUGAAGUUUUCCAUAUCAUACCCACUUAGAUGUGAUAGCCCUGUAACUGGAGGGACACAACAAUACUGAUACACAGUAGUGAAGAAGGGAUAGAGGUGGCUUUGCUGCCUGAGUUAGGGAAUGAGAACUGUUUGCUUGUUUUAAGAAGGCUAAUUUCUCGAUUCUUUAAAAAACAACUCUUGCCCAUAAUGAAUGAAUAUAAUGAAUUAUAUGCCAAAGUCCUCAUAGUGUUUCAAUAGCACUUGCUUGAUUAAUUUUGAACAAAAAGAAGUCUGUUAGGGCUUUGCUGUAUUUAGAUUUUUUAAAAUAAAAUAAUUACAUACUCAUCUGAGGAUGAAUUUGACAAUGUAUCUUGUUUUCAUGCUCUAAAAAGGUACCAAAGUAAACAAUCCCAUAGACUAUAAAUAUUUUUCUAUGGGUUGGCUCAGUGUGAGCCUGUUGUAAAGCUGUACGUCUUCGGGGUGUGUGUGUAACACCUACCCUUAUUUGACAGAGUAGUUCCAGUCCUUGUUGAACCUCUGUAGCCCCAGUAGGAAGUUGGAGGUUUGUGGUUGAGUAAAAUACACAUCCAUGAAGACACAGCAUGGCUGGUUUUUUGAGUUACUUCAGCUUAGAAUCAUAGACUGAUUUGAGUUGAAAGGGACCCUUAAGGGUCACAGAUUCCAAUGCCCUGGUCCUUACAAGAGUACCUAACACUGAUCCCUGUGACUAUGAGUGUCAUCCAGAGCAGCCCAGGUGCUCCUUGAACUCUGGCAGGCUUGGUGCCAUGACCAGGGGCAAAGGAAGUCCCUGGGGAGCCUGUCCCAGUGAUCAACCACUCUCCCAGUGAAGAACCUUUUUCCAGUGUCCAAUCUGAACUUGCCCUGAUUUAGCUUCACUCCAUUCCCUUGCUUCCUGCUGCUGGUUACCAGCAAGAGGAGAUCAGCACCUCCCCUCCACUGCUGCCCUUGAGGAAGGUGCAGAGAGAGAAAGAGACUUGUCUCACCUGUGUGUCAGGUAAUCCUUGACUCCCCUUGGAUCUCCCAUCCCUGGAGGGACUUGUUUGACCUGUUUGUGGAAGUGACAGCACCUAGAAGGAAGUUUUUGUUUCCUUGACCAAAGGAAGCACAAAUGUUUAGUCUGGGAUAGAUAUCUAAAUUCUAGAUAGACUAAAGGCAAGGGAAGUGAGUAGCUCUCACUCAUCUGUUGACCUGAGAAUUAAACCUUAUGAUCUUGUUUUCAUAGUUUCUAGCUACUUUCCCAGGAAAGUAACUAUAAACAUAGAUGUUUAUACAUGCCAUUAAAGAAAUGUCUUUUGAUGGACAUUUCUCACGACCAGUGUCAUUGGGAAGGUGGCAACCUAACCAUCCAAUCCCUGGUCAUUGUUGAGAAUCUAUAAAUAUUGCAAUAAAUCAUUCUUUUCCCUAUCAUACAUUGAGCUGUGUCCAUGCAAAUCAUUUUGUGUCCUACAACUACACUCAGUCAUUUAAAUAGCAUUUACCUUUUCCUUAAGUGCCUAUUACACUUAUUUUUACUUUUUUAUUGUUGUUUCUCCUAUUCCUUUCUUACAAAUAAGAAAUCCUACUCAAAGUGAUUUAACUGGAACUUUUUUCAGCUAUAUGUGAAAUUUGUGCAGCAGAACUUUAUAAGGACUGGGGCUUAGGAUAACAGUGAGUAACGUGGUUUCCCAAGCUGUCCAGUUCUUCAGUUGUAUGUAUGAUGACAGCCACUAUGAGUAAAAGUGGGCUUGCUGGGGAUGAAAAGGAAGAAUCAUUAUGUGAUUAAUACCAAUAUAUCUCCAGUGAGUACUGCAAAGUAUAAACUUGCAUUCUUGUUGGAUCUGUACUGUCUAUUUGAAAUUUCAUAAAUUGUAGCAUUUUCUCUAUCAACAGAAUCAAUAGGAGAUCCUAUUGAUUGUCCUGAAAACUCACAGUAAUGCCCAUGAUACACAACCACAGGGCAGGGAGAGGGCAAGUGAUCUGGUGAUAAAAAUUUGGCCACCUGACUGAGGUGGCAGGAUUGGUGCUCUUAAAAUUAAAGCUCCUGUUCUUUCAGCUGGCUAAAUUAAUGGUUAAUUGGUUAAAAUAGAAAUAAUCAUUCAAUAUGGAAAAUACUGGAGUUCUCAUUGUCUUAGUGUGAAAUUUAAUGGGCUGAAGUUUCAAGACUGGGAGGUGGUAAAAGGAUUCUUGCAUUUGAGAAGCCCUGAAUGGCACUCUCCUUAUAAUGUAACAUAUACAUAUAUAUGCAUAUAUAUAUACAUAUAUAUCCACAUACAUACUGUACUGUAUCAACACAUAUUUGUGCUGAGUACAUGUGUUCUUUGGCUUUAACUGGUACUUUGCUUUGUUUAGUUGCAGUUCAAUGUAAAAGACUCUGGUUGAUCAAGCUUCAAAACCCUGCCAUUCCUUGGGUAGAAAUGUAAAAGUCCAUAGUAGCAACUAGGUGAUUUGGACACAGUACACUUGGAGUGACGUAAGUUCGAUGAAUUUCUGCAAUAUAAAUCCCAGGCCUUGGUGAAGAUGAGCAUAUUCUUUCACUAACACUGCAGUUCUACAUUGCAGCUUCUGAAAAUUAGUUAGAGAAACAGAGAAAUAGAUUGCCCAAUGCUUUGUGAACUACUAAGGCUACUCCAUAAGCAGAACAACCAUACGAUGACUUUUCCUAGCUCAGUGUUGUAUUGCUUAAGCAUUGGCUGUAAUUCUAACAAUCAUCUGGUGGAUGACUGAAACCGGUUUUUUUUGUCUGUAUCUGUUGGGAUUUUUUUGACUUCUCAAAGAAAUGCUUAUAUUCAGACUGUAGCUUCUCUUCCUCCUCCAGUUAUGAAAUGGUUAACUUUAUGCUAGUAAUAGAAAUAUUUUCAUAAGAUUAUAAUCUGUUUGACAGCACAGGGUACUCAGAGUGGGGAGUGUUUGGCUUUGAUCAUCACUACUGUGGGUGAAUAUGAGAAGGCAGACUGGAGGUGUAUCUAACAUGCUUGGCUCUCUCUAACAAAUGGGUUAAGCUAGUGCCUAAUUUUUUGUGCAUUUUUGAUUUGUACCUUUUUUUUUGCCAUUCCCUCAAAAUUCUGCUCCCUGGUGGGGGAUGCAUUGGUGACCAGACAGUAUGCCUAACUUUUUAAAGUAGCCUGCUGUUGUUCUGGUUUGCUUGGGGUGAGCGUUUAUCUUUCAAAGAGGAGUUCCCUCUCUUCACUGACAAUGCAGUUGUUACAAGCAGGCAGUGCUGGCCACAAAAUUGGCAUGAUAGGCAAGGGCAAGUGGAGGUGGGUCGAUGGGAGGCUGAGGUGUACCAGUUGUGAGUAAAUACUGCCACACUCUUCAUCUUUUCGUUUGUUGGUUUUUGGGUUUUUUUUUUUGUACAUGAAUAAAUAAUAAUAAUAAUAAAAAAGCAUAUUUUGCACUGGCUCCUUGUACUGUUGUGCAGAAGAAAUCUGUAUCUAGAAUCUGUGCUCCAGUCAAAAUGCAAAUAAAUCUGUUUGUAAGAAGUA